AAUCGCUCCAUCCCUGGUCAUGAGUCACUUCGUGUAGAAUAAUUCAGUUUUAUUUUUAGUUUAUAAAAGCGGUGCACGCGAUCAGCAAUCUUAUAUAUUUAAGUAAUUUAUUUCAUCGAAUAAUAAUCAAUAAAAAUGCAGGACCCAAACGAAGAUACCGAGUGGAAUGAUGUGCUCCGUGCCAAGGGAAUCAUUGGGCCCAAAGCGAAGGAGGCGGAGAUCACGGAGGAUCAGAUCCAGAAGCUGAUGGACGAUGCCAUCCAGCGGCGCACAGAUCUUCCACUGAAUGAAGGCCAGCGGGACAAGAAGAUCGAUGACAUGUCGCUGGACGAGCUCGACGAACUGGAGGACUCCGAGGACGAGGCUGUUCUGGAGCAGUAUCGCCAGCGACGCAUCGCCGAGAUGAGGGCCACCGCCGAAAAGGCGCGAUUUGGAUCUGUUCGCGAAAUCUCUGGGCAGGACUAUGUGAACGAGGUGACCAAGGCCGGCGAGGGAAUCUGGGUGGUCCUCCACCUGUAUGCCAAUGGAGUACCACUGUGCGCACUGAUCCACCAUCACAUGCAGCAGCUGGCCGUCCGCUUUCCGCAGACCAAGUUCGUGCGCUCCGUCGCCACCACCUGCAUACCGAACUUCCCCGAGAAGAACCUGCCCACCAUCUUCAUCUACCACGAGGGAUCGCUGCGCAAGCAGUACAUCGGUCCACUGGAGCUGCGCGGCGACAAACUGACCGCUGAGGAAUUGGAGUUCAUGCUGGGCCAGGCGGGCGCAGUACCCACCGAGAUCACGGAGGAUCCACGGCCGCAGAUCAGGGACAAAAUGCUUGCCGAUCUGGAGGACAAGAGCUCGGACUUUUACUGAGUCAUAGCCCAAUCAUAACUCUCAUCCAACUUCGUGUUCAGUAGGGUGGGUAAAUACUUUAGAAUGAAUCAUCCAGUAAGGCGCAAUCCAAAAUCAGCAUUUGGAUCUUUCAUGCGGACUCACUUAACUAACAAAAAUCAAACUUUUGAACGUAAUGUAAGCUUAUUAAGUUUACAUUAGUAAACUUCCACUGUUUGGAGCGAACCUUAUUGAUUUAUAUAUUACCCACCCAGUCCUCAGGAAGUUUCCUUGCACGUUUUCAUUUCAUUGUUUUGUAGCAUUUAUGUACCCUCAUAAAUAAAUUGUUUACUUUUCUACAGAAAGUCA